CGCUAAAAUCGAAGCAAUCAGACUUCAACCAAACCAGCCGUUAAGACACAAACCCGCCAAUCGAUAUACCAAACUCACUCUUCGAUUACAAAUGUCGCAUAUCGAGGUUGGGAAGAUGGAGUCCCUGUGUCUCCAAGAGAUGACAAAACUGAAUACUUUGCCCCUCGAUAUUCUUCUGAUUAUCAUAUCAUACUUCGAUACAGCCCGCAGUUUUGCUGGUGUCGCCUCGACGUGUAGAAGCCUCGCGCAAGUCGUCAAGGCCGACGGCUGGCGCAUCUUCGUGAAAACCCAGUUCGGGAGCCUCAGCAUCCCGCCAAACACUACGACUUGCUGGAAUGACUUGGCACGUUCGUUGACUUGGCAGUCGCGGGCUUGGGAUAAACGAGCAUUCGUCUUUGACACCUUCGCCCCUAAGCCUACGGGACCGCUGAUUCCAGCCGGUGGACAACAUCGAAGACGCGCGCAAAUGCAUAGUCACGGCUCUCAGACCGUUCCGUGCCAAAUUGUUGUUGAUGCACAUACCCAGUUCAACGGAGCACAACAACGAGAAACCGUUGUCUGGGGAGCUGGGGAGAAUCUUGUCACUCGAACUCGGCUAAAGAAAAAGAACGAGAUAAUAUCUGAUAAAUGGUUCACCUCUGAAGGCUCAACAGCGGGAUUCGCCAGUGGUCGAGAUGAUGUCACUUCCAUAUCCGUAUUCAGGCCUUCUCAGACUCAGGUGCAGGGAGAAAAUAUAGGGGUUCUGGUCGGUAGAGCUAGUGGUGAUCUACGCUUGGUAUCAUUGACUUCCUCUGGGUUUGGUCAGACCCUCCAGAACUUCCGUCCAUCGCAGUCGGAAAAUGUUAAGAAUCAUGUGCGGCAAACUGAGAUCCAAUCCUUCGACACUGGAGAUCGUCAAAAGCUCCUCGCCACCAGCACAAAGGACAACGUACUCUUGUACCCACUUGAUAGCACGUCUAUGAUCCCGGAAGAGAAGGAAUCCAUGGAGCUGGAGAAGAUGCGCAACAUUGAGCCGAUCGAAGCUGUGGACCUAAGACGUGCUGAGGGCUCGGCACCAUUCAAGUUUCUACGCUCACUCAAGUUCAUGGGCAAUGGGGACCUCGCCAUCGGAUUGACUAGUAGCGCUCAGCCUCUGCGAAUCAUGAAGAUCACCCCAACCGGGACCGAAGUAGACACUGCGGCCAAAAUGCGUCCUUCAAAGCGUGCUGCGGCUACCUACGCGCUCAAGGAUUGGGAAAAUAGUACGGCGAGAGGUCUAUUGCCUAUCGAUUCGACCGCUAUCCCCGGCGGGGGAGGAAACGUGCUACUCAGUUCCUAUGAGGACGGGACUGUUAGGCUCCAGGACAUCCGUACACCCUCAGCUAUCGAUACCAUCUACGGAGACCACUUCGAGCCGACGACACCCAUUAGUACCCUGGUAUCUUAUGGCGCCGAGCGGUUCAUCGGAGGAAGCGCCCGAUCAAGCGUUAUCAAAAUCUUCGAUUUUCGUUGGACAAAGGGAUAUACCUACACUGCCUCCUUACCAUGCGGGAAUGACAAUCCUUUCCCGGCUCCGAAACUACCAACUCUGGUAUCCGCCCCAACAUACGAUAACCGGAGAAAGUGCAACCAUGUGAGUGGCCAGAAAUGCACUUGGCAUGCGCUCUCGACAGUCGACUACUAUCGCCCCAAUGCCAAUAUAUACUUGAGGGUUAUGCGAACAAAUCACAGAACCCAGCCAUGCUACAUCUCCUCCCUUGCAAAACCCUCGGACAUUUCGACUACAUUGUAUGCCGGCCUUGCAGGAGAACUCGUGGAGAUGAAUCUCACAGGAAACGUAGGUAUGGAUGAACCGAUGCCAGGCUCUAACCACCAUGGGAUGCCGUAUAAGCAGUCAAGAGGCCCAGGCAAUAUCAUUGAGACGGGAGACGGACUGGCGUUAGACGACAUCAGCUACAGCUCGCGCAUGCCUGUCAUGCGAUCUCAGGUGCCGAUUGCCGCACUCCUCCUCAAGAGAAUUCCAACUACGAGUCGCAAGCGACACAGACUGGAUGAGUCCUACCAACAGUUUGAAGAUCACUUCAUCGACGCCGUCUCGACCUGCCGGCAUUCAGUAACUGAGUAGGACGGGGCCGAAAACACCCCAUUGCGGCGACGCAAAUUUUCUCGUGAUGGCAUUCGGAUUGAUACUCGCCAGUCCAGCUGGGCAAAGGUGCAGUCUGUGUAUAGAAAGCGAUUGGGUGGAGAACUUGGAACAUACAUAGUAAACGCACAGGCUCCGCCCUCCUACCACUAAGCACUAAGGCUAUGUCUCAAUUGAAGCUAAACCAGCAGCUCAUCUCCUA